CUGACAAUCCCUAACCAUAAGUUCGAGCGAGCCUGACGGGUACGUGUGGGCAGAAGCCUGGACGGGCGAUGCAAUCUAUUAGGCGUGAGUAAGGAGCGUGGUCGACUCAGGCAUUAUGCGUUGGACGAGACGCAAGUGACCUCCAUCGUGCCGGUCCGGUCGAGAGAAGCCGUGAGGACUGGUUCACGAGAGAGAAAAAUAAGCAGGAAAAAACCAUCGAUGUGGCAUGCCAGCUAAACUUCACAAUUGGGACCUGUCUGCCAGAACACUCAUGAAAUUUUAAACAGGGUAAAUCGUGGCAGAACUUUUAUUAAAUGGGGUAAAAUGGAUGAAAUUUCGCUAAAUGGGGUAAGUAGUGUCAAAAAUGUCAAAAUAGGGGGUAAAAACCGGAAUUCACUCUACUCUUUCCAGAAUGAACUAAAAUAUACAUUGAAUUAUAAGCAUCUGAAUCAAUCCAAUCUAGGCUUGUGCAUUCUUCCAAUCUGAAUCAAUCCAAUCCAUUGAAUUAUAAGUAUCUUCCUGAGCAUAGCCUGGCCAAAAACAAAAAACAAAUAUUAGCAUUCUUUCUAUUUAGAAAUAUCAUUUAAUAAUAUUUUUUGGAUAUAUGAAUACAUUAUUACGCUUAUACAUCUAUUAAGUCCUAGGUUGUGUGUCCACGGGCAUUUUGCUCAAAGUUAAGGCCACAUAGAUGGUACACCACUCCGAGUGGGGCUACGAACAACUCCAACGCGGAUCAUGGAAUCGAUCGCAAAUGUCCUAUAAUUGGAAGGUUCAAACAUUUUUGAUCAUCCAACCGUGGUCACCAAAUUUGUCUAGACCGGUUUGGACAUUUGAAAUCUCACAAACUGGGGGAGGUUUGGGAAGUUUUGAAUGUCCACCACAUCAGAAUCCUUAGCCCUAGGCCCACCCAUAAUCUUCUCCUGCCGCGUCCGCUUCGGCUUGACCACAUUCACUCUGGCGGACCAGCCUCUUUCCUAAUCGCAUUCAUGGUGGCAUGAUGACCGAGAAGCCUACUCCCGCUUUACAGCCAGACGGGCUCCUCCUCCGCAAACCCUACCCGCACAAUCCUCAUCCCCUGCCGCUGCACAACACCACACCUCCAGCCAUCACGACGGCCAAGAAGUCUGGCGCCGAGAAGUGGUCGCCGGCGUGCACUCUGGAUCCGGGUGCCACCGUCGAGGGAGAAGGUACCGACGUUUGAUGAGGAGCAAGCGAAGGAGGAUCGUCGUAAUGCUCUAGAGGCCGCACAUGCAGAUCCUACCCGCGAUGAGUAUCCGGAUUGGAAUCCCAAAACACACUCCAUUAUGUGAGAUACCAACAUGACUAUGUGUUGAUCCCGUAUGAGAAGGAGGAGUAACCUCGCUCAUGCAGCUCAAAUCGACGACCACGUGCUUCAUUUUAGACGACAACGACGACGGCUCGGACAAAGUUGCAGACGGUGACAAAGGUGUCGUCGACCUCACCGGCUGGAUCCUCACCUAGUUUUAGCUGGAAUUGAUUUAAAUUUAGGUUGAAUUUGUUUAAAUUUCGCCCGUUUGGUUGCGAUAUACCGAACUUUGCUUAAAUUUCAUCGUUUUGCUUUUACUUCCAUCCGUGUUUGUGUGCGGUCUGUUUUAAAUGGUUGAGCCGCGUUGGAUGACUUCAGUAGCUCGGUUGGAUGUCCGACGUCCCGGCUGCUGUCCGCGGACACGACAUUUGGUGAUCCGCGUUGAAAUUACACUAGGAAAGAAGUUGAGGCGAACGCUCGCUGUAAAAAAGAAGAUUGGAUAAAUCGGCAUGCCAAGGAACGAAGUGGACGUCCCGGCGGUUGCCAACCGCGAGUGAAGAAGUGCUACUUGUCAGUCGGGCUCCCGCGUGGAACCUUCUCCCCUCCGGCUGCCUCUGCCUACGUGUGCGACGCCAUCGCCCCAAUCGCGUACCGCGUUGCCGCGAGUAGGCCCAUCACUACCUCGUGCUCAUUCCGGGCCGGGCUCGCAAUAAAUGGAAAAAAUAUAUUCGCCCCGGCUUUGACCGUCUCGCCUCUUUUAGCUCCCCCGCCUAUCAGACCGUACGGGUCCAUUUGACCACGUGACCCAAAUCCGCCACUUGGGCCCCAUGCCCCCCUCCUCCUCCUCCUCCCCCGCCGCGGCUAUAUAACCGCGUCCGGACAUUUUCCCGACAAACACUUCACCUUCACCAAGCACACAGCGCCCAGCAGCAGCAACUCGUCGACGCGGAGCAGAGGAGCGAAGGAGGCCGGCGAGAUCGACGCAAAUGCAGAUGGACUCCUACUACUUCCACGACGACGCCCACUUCUUCGCCGGCUGCGGCGUCCCCGGCUCGCCGGACCUGCCCUUCGCCGACCUCAUUGCGUCGCUCUGGGAGCCGCUGCCUGAGGUGGCCAGCCAAAGCGCGUGCCGGCAGUACCGCGGCGUCGGGCUGGAGCUUCCGGGCACGGCGCGGGGCGGGACGGGGAACGGGAUCAACAUCCACCGGAGGAUGAUGGACGUGCUGGGCAGGAUGGGGCCGGCCACCGAGGAGGAGGAGCGGCCGCAGCACCAACAGCAGCAGGCGGCCGGCGCUGUCGAGAGCAGCCGCGGGUUCCGGCACAUGAUGCGCGAGCGCCAGCGCCGCGAGAAGCUCAGCCAGAGCUACGCCGACCUCCACGCCAUGGUCUCCUCCCGUUCCAAGCAGGACAAGAACUCGAUCGUGCAGUCCGCGGCCGUCUACAUCCACGAGCUCAAGGUCGCCAAGGAGCAGCUCCAGAGGAGGAACGACGAGCUCAAGGCCAAGAUCCUGGGGCACGACGCGCAGCAGCAGUGCGUCAAGGUCCAGUUCGAGGUGGACGAGCCCUCGUCCUCCAUCGACUCCAUGAUCGGGGCCCUCACGCGCCUCAAGAGCAUGAACGUCAAGACCAGGGGGAUCCACUCCAUCUUGUCCGGCCAGCGAUUGACGACGGAGAUGAAUGUCGAAACCACGAUUGCGGCUUGCGAGGUAGAAAAGGCAGUGGAGGAGGCUCUCCAGGAAGUAGAGAGGAAUCAGCUGCCUGACAGCGAGGCCCCGUUUCCCGGAAGCAGGAGCGCCUGGCCUCAAACAUCGCACGUGCAAAAUGUGUUCUGAUCGGUUUCUGACCACAAGGGUCAUGAGACCCAUCUGUUCAUUGUUUUUUCUCCUCUCGUUUUGUCUCCUUUCUUAUGAUGAUGGAGCAAGUGAAGAUCUCCACAUGCCCUUGCCUGCGUACUGGUGGUUGUACUCUCGAUCGACCCUCGUGUUUAGUCCUAGUGGGAUUUUUUAGGGGCUGUGAAGGUGUAAGUAGCUCUUCAGAUGUGUAGGUGGUGAGGUCAACUUGGAAUCAAAUGGGUUGGAAAAAAAUUGAAGAGGAUCUACUCGCACGGUUUGGCCUGGCGCUUACGUUUGGCCCUAGCAAGGAAGAGAAAAGGAUAUGACAACUUACAAGGAUUACCAAACGUUUGGAAGAAGACGGGCCAGCAAGCCUUGGUUGCUGAGACUGUAAAUUUGCAUCCACCCAAUGUUCGAAAUCGAGUAUAUAUUUUUCUCCAAACAGGAUCGUUGUGUUUCAAGCAACCUUUUCACUAAAAUCUCACUGAAAUUUGUUAUA